AUGGUGUCAGAUGCACGUAACAACGUUACCGUCACUAUAUUCCUCGCUCUGGUGCUGACAUCCAUAUGGUACACUGCUGGUUGUUGGCCUUAUCAAGCUGUUGCUGGUCCGCUCUCAGAGGACCUCGUAGUCUCUGGAGAUGUAUCACGAUCCUCAUCUGAAGGAAACAGACAUGAGGUGGCUCUCAACCAAACCAGCUUGAUCGUGUUGAGAGAAGAUGACAACUCAAACAUCGUCGAGAGAGGCAGCAGAGGUUCACGUCGGCUGGCAGCCCGGUUUCCAGCCUUCGAAAUGCCAGUCGAUGAAGCUUCCUACCCUUCAGCAUCGGAUUUCGAGAAGCUCAAAGAUGUAGAGAAGAGAGUGGUAAUCUACGAAGAUGAGGAUGACUUCUCCAACUACCGUGUCAAAUUAUCUCCAGGGCGUCCGCAUAUCAAGAACAAAUAUGUCACCGAGCAUAUCCUGGAGUUGCAGACCAUCCCUCUCUUCCUUGAGGCGCUGGAGCGAGGAACAACCAAAGAAGGUGGUUCGAUGGGUGAUGUGCAGAUAUCAGCAUCAGAUCUCCUCAAAUAUUGGAAUACUGUCAGCCUCCCAGCCUCAGUGGAGAGCAUAGGAUCCGGAGACGUGAACAAAAGAAUUCCAAAUGACCGAAUUUUCCAACAAUUAGGCUCAUGGGCUGCUCGAAGCGCUCUGUUGCUCGCAGACGAGGAGAUAAAUGCUUACAAGGCCAGGAUCUGGCAGGGAGUCGAUCCCCAGGCCAAAACAAAAUUCAAAGCAUAUGUGCGUGCCUGGAUAUACGACGGCGAGGAUCCCGAUCCGUUCCUCAGAGCAAUGAGAGCAACUCGCGCCGUCUUCUCAUACAUGCAGCAACCCGAUGUUAAGAAGAAAUGGGAGGCCAUAGUAAAUGAUGUGGAAAGAGAGCUCGAGCUCAUUGCGGAACACAUACCAGCCUUCAAGAAGAUACUGUGGGGCUGGGACAACUUCCUUCCCAAGUUCCUCGCCGAUAGGAGUAAGAAAGCCCGACAUUGGAUAUUAUGGGGAGUCGACCAUGUAUUCGCGGAAAUCGAAGAAGCCCAAAACGAUAGGAGGGCCACAAUGAAGGACCAGAACGACGUUGCUGAAGUUCUGCAUGCUCUGGAAGAGAGCACUGACAAAGGCAUGGAGCUGGAGUUCGAGUAG